UUGUGGUCUUGCUUUCUGAUUAAAAAACGUUUUGAGUUCAUCACGAAGCUCAAAAACACGUUUUAAAAUUUUUCCUCUCGACAACCAUCUCACUUCAGUGUGAAAUAGCAGAGCAUUGUUCAGCGCAUCCAACUUGUUGCACAGUUGCGAAAACAGUCGACGGUUUAAAGUGCUCGCCUUUACAAAAUUGACACAACUUAUGACACUUUUCAUUACUUCUUGUAACUCUUGUGGCAGCGUCUUUAUUGCUAAUAUUUGCCAAUGAAUCAUAUAGUGAUGACUUUUGGUGACUCAUUCCAUACCAAACAUUGAAAUCCAGAUCGACAUCCUAGCAUAGCUGGAGCACCAUCUGUGCAAACACCACAAACCUUUUCCCAAGAGAUCUUAUGCUCUUUCAGAAAUGAACCAACUGUGUUAAAUACAUCACGUGCAGUAGUUGUCGUUUCAAGAGGUUUGCAAAAAAGAAACUCAUCUUUACAGUCGCCAUCAUUAAUAUACCUCACGUAAACCAGUAGCUGAACAGUUUGCAACGUCUGUAGAUUCAUCAAGCUGGAUAUUAAAUAUUGGAAGUGGAGCAGAUUUAAUUUCCUGGAUUACCUGAUCAAGAAUAUCAGCAGACAUGUCAUCUAUUCUUCUGUGGACAGUGUCGUUAGAUAAGGAAAUUGCACUCAAUUCUGUAACAAAUUUGUCUCUCCAAUCAUAACUCAAAACAAUGUCUUUGGCCGCUGGCAACAGUAAAUCCUCAGCAAUGGUGUGAGGUUUCAUAGCUCUGGCGAUUCUGAGUGCCACCAAAUAUGAAGCUUCAACGGCUGCUACAUUUUGUUUGUGGUACUUGCCACCAGUGUCAAGUCUGGCUUUCUUGAGUCCAUCAGCUUUGCUUCUAAAAUAGUUGGUAUCCUUGCCGGCAAAGCUCUGACGCUUGCUAUCAAAAUGGCGUUUUAGUUUGUUUGGCUUCAUAGAUUUGGCUGAUAGAACUUCACAACAAAUAACACAUUGCAGUUUCUCAAUUCCUGCUGUAAUUAUUGAGAUACUUUGAAGAUGAGGAAGAAGACUCUAGCAAUGUUGAUUUACCUUACAUUCCUGCUGAAAACUCCCCUACCCGCCAGCAAUUCCGUUCCAAGCCAGCAGAUUCUGACAGCGAUGAUGAUCCCUUGGAGGCAUUCAUGGCUGAAGUGGAAGAUCAGGCAGCAAGAGACAUGAAGAGGCUUGAAGAAAAGGACAAGGAAAAGAAAAACGUAAAGGGUAUUCGAGAUGACAUUGAAGAGGAAGAUGACCAAGAAGCUUAUUUUCGGUACAUGGCAGAGAACCCAACUGCUGGUGUGGUUCAAGAGGAAGAGGAAGAUAAUUUGGAAUAUGAUAGUGAUGGAAAUCCAAUUGCACCUUCCAAAAAAAUCAUUGAUCCUCUUCCUCCCAUUGAUCAUUCAGAGAUUGACUAUCCACCAUUUGAAAAAAAUUUUUACAAUGAGCAUGAAGAGAUAACAAACCUCACCCCACAGCAGCUAAUAGAUCUCCGGCAUAAGCUCAAUCUUCGGGUCUCUGGUGCUGCACCUCCUAGACCAGGAAGCAGUUUUGCUCAUUUCGGGUUUGAUGAACAACUUAUGCACCAGAUUCGGAAAUCUGAAUACACACAGCCCACUCCAAUACAGUGCCAGGGUGUGCCUGUGGCAUUAAGUGGAAGAGACAUGAUUGGUAUUGCCAAAACAGGCAGUGGAAAAACUGCUGCCUUUAUCUGGCCCAUGCUGAUUCAUAUAAUGGACCAGAAGGAACUGGAACCAGGUGAUGGACCAAUUGCAGUGAUUGUGUGUCCUACGAGGGAGCUCUGCCAGCAGAUCCAUGCAGAAUGUAAGCGGUUUGGAAAAGCAUAUAAUCUUCGAUCAGUGGCCGUGUAUGGAGGAGGAAGCAUGUGGGAGCAGGCCAAGGCCCUUCAGGAAGGGGCAGAGAUUGUUGUGUGUACCCCAGGUCGACUGAUUGAUCAUGUGAAGAAGAAAGCUACCAAUCUUCAGAGAGUCUCUUACCUUGUAUUUGAUGAAGCAGAUCGAAUGUUUGACAUGGGAUUUGAGUACCAGGUGCGGUCGAUAGCCAGUCAUGUCCGUCCUGACAGACAAACUCUCUUAUUCAGUGCAACUUUUCGGAAAAAGAUUGAAAAACUGGCCAGAGACAUCCUGAUCGACCCUAUUCGAGUGGUGCAGGGAGAUAUUGGAGAGGCAAAUGAAGAUGUGACACAGAUUGUGGAAAUUCUCCAUUCCGGGCCUAGUAAAUGGAACUGGCUUACCCGGCGUCUGGUCGAGUUUACCUCUUCUGGGAGUGUCCUCCUGUUUGUUACGAAAAAAGCCAAUGCUGAGGAGCUGGCCAAUAACCUUAAACAGGAGGAUCAUAAUCUCGGGCUGCUUCAUGGGGACAUGGAUCAGAGUGAAAGAAACAAGGUCAUUUCAGACUUUAAGAAAAAGGACAUUCCCAUCCUGGUGGCCACAGAUGUUGCAGCCCGUGGUCUGGACAUUCCUUCAAUUAAGACUGUCAUUAACUAUGAUGUGGCUAGAGACAUUGAUACCCAUACUCAUAGAAUUGGCCGCACAGGACGAGCGGGUGAGAAGGGUGUGGCCUAUACCUUGCUAACCCCCAAGGACAGCAAUUUUGCUGGUGAUCUUGUCCGGAACUUGGAAGGAGCCAAUCAACAUGUUUCCAAGGAACUCCUAGAUCUGGCGAUGCAGAAUGCCUGGUUUCGGAAGUCCCGCUUCAAAGGAGGGAAAGGCAAAAAGCUGAACAUUGGUGGAGGAGGCCUGGGCUACAGGGAGCGGCCUGGGCUAGGCUCUGAGAACACGGACCGAGGAAAUAACAACAAUGUAAUGAGCAACUAUGAGGCCUACAAGCCCUCCACAGGAGCCAUGGGAGAUCGGCUGACGGCAAUGAAAGCGGCUUUCCAGUCACAGUACAAGAGUCACUUUGUUGCCGCCAGCUUAAGCAACCAGAAAGCUGGAAGUUCUGCUGCUGGGGCAAGUGGAUGGACAAGUGCAGGGAGCUUGAAUUCUGUACCAUCUAAUUCAGCCCAGCAGGGUCUUAACAGUCCUGAUAGCCCCGUUGCUAGUGCCACCAAGGGCAUCUCAGGCUUUGGCAAUACUGGGAACCUCAGCAGUGCCCCGGUGACCUACCCCACUGCCGGAGCCCAGGGAGUCAACAACACAGCUUCAGGGAAUAACAGCCGAGAAGGGAUUGGGGGUAGCAAUGGGAAGAGAGAGAGAUAUACUGAGAACCGGGGUGGCAGCCGUCACAGCCAUGGAGAGAGUGGCAGUGGCAAUCGGCAUGGUGAUAGCCCACGUCAUGGAGACAGUGGUCGCCAUGGAGAUGGAUACCGCUAUCCAGAAAGCAGCAGCCGUCAUACUGAUAGCCAUCGUCAUGGGGAGAACAGGCAUGGAGGAGGUGGAGGCCGACAUGGAGAGAGCCGAGGUGCAAAUGAUGGCCGGGGUGCAAAUGAUGGCCGGAAUGGUGAAAGCAGGAAAGAAGGUUGUAAUCGUGAGAGCAAGAUGGACCCCAAGGUGGAUAGCAGUAAGAUGGAUAAGAUGGACGGCAAGACAGAUAAGACAGCUGAUGGUUUUGCUGUCCCCGAGCCACCCAAGCGCAAGAAAAGUCGAUGGGACAGUUAGAUGGUAUGUGCUGAAGUGUGAAAUCCUUUGUUAUUUUUAGAAAGAUUUUUGGUAAUUAGGUGUCUCAGGGCUGGGUUGGGUGGGGCCCAAGAUGUAAGGACCCCCUUCCCUUAGUGGGUAGCUGGCCCUUGGAGACAUUACCCCUUCAUCUGGAUCGUUUUUUGGAUUAUUUUGGGGGGCUGCUUUGAUCAUAAGCAGUGAGAGCUGGGAAGCUUCUUUUGGCUCUGGGUUUGUUGUAAGGGCCUUAUAGGAUAUAAAACUCUAGGUUUAUAUCAUGUAGUGUGUAUUUUUUACGGUCAGCUUAUAAACAUCUAUAAGUAAAAAUCUUUUUCUUAGCCAUGUGCCCAGGCAGUCCCUUUUAGGAGUUGGCUUCUGCAAAGCCAGUCCUUUGAGGUGUUAGGGAUGUUUGGGAAGCACUUUGGUGCUUCCAUACAUUUGCAGGGAAGGGAGGUAUCUGAUUCUAAGUGGAGUUGAUGCUCAGGUUUGUAUCCAGCCCUGAGACAGGAAGAAGCAGCCUGUAGUAGAAGCCCAGAGCCACUACUAUUAAAAGGUGAAAGAUGAUCCUAAAAACAGGAUUGCUCCAGGUCUGAAGUGUUGCUAAAUUUAAAACCCCAACAGCUUUUAACUGUCUUCCCCUAUUUCAUUGUGUGUUGUUUUUUUUAACUUGCCACAAUGGUAGAAAAAUCUUUUGCUGAGAUGAUUUUGAUGAUUUUUGUUCUAUGUUGUUUAUAAAGGAAAUAUACAUAAUUCAAAUUUUGUGACUUUGUGAAGGUUUCUUUAAGAUGUGCAUUCUUUUCUGCUUGCUCUAGUAAAUGUUUUACUACUGGGA